CAUAUAUAUACAUAUAUAUAUAUACAUAUAUAUGUACAUAUAUAUAUUUUUUUACCUGACUUUUCUGACGACAUGUUUGCAAUCGCUGGGACAGGGUCUCUGAAGCUGGAGUCAGGGCCCCCUGACUGCUGGCGCAGGAGUCUGAGUCCGGGAUGGCGCAGCCGGCGCAGCGGCGGUAGCAGCAGCAGCGCGGAAAUGGGAGAGAUGAAGACAGUGUGUGUUGGGGGGGGGAUGGCUGGGGGGAGCUUAAAGGGACCGAGGCAGGGAUGGGGGAGAGCUUCAGAAGUCCCCCCCCCCAACUCGGUUUCUCUCUGCUCGUGGACCACCUCUUUCCUCCUCUCACCCUGGCAUUCAAGCCCCCAGUUUAGGCUCCCUUGGAGUUGUCAUGGAAACCGGGAGGCAAGACCAGGCAAGCGGGUGGGACUAAGAGAAGGAGGGAGGGAGAGAGAAAUCUCUAGAGUCUCUCCCGCAAAGACUCGCUGUAGUGAUUAUAUUGUGGGAAGACGCCAGCUCAAUGAAUUUACCACACUUAUCUCCAGACCCCGUUCAACCAGACCCUGCUCACCCAAGGGGUCCUUUCCUCAGUUUCCCUCAGAACGUCCUGCAAGAUAGUUCUAGGUUUCUCCAGGUAGAGACAGAACCAGGUGUGAGAGAGAACUGUACAAAGAUGGGAGCCAAGAGGGUCAGAAAGACCCCCAGGUGUACAGCCUGGGCCUGCCCUCCUGGCAAUAGAGGUAAGAAGGUGAAGGUGGCUGAUGAAAAGGAGAGAAGGCAUCGUAGGGGUGCCCGGGUGACUUCUUUCUCUAGGGUUAUAAGAAGCAGAAAAGCUUCAUCAGAGGGAGGCAAGCUGUAAUUGCUUGUUUGUGUCAGGCAGGUUUGGAAAAGCGUGCUUGCUGGGGGCUGAAGAAUACUUCUUGGUCCAGUCAGCAUUCACAACCAUUCCUUACAGCACCCCCCUGCCUUCCCCCUCCUCCUGCCCCAAGACACAGAUCCACCCCCAGAGUCAAACCGAGACACAUCGGUGACUUCAAGUCUUUUUAUUUGCUUUUUGUGUCUUGCAAGGGCGUGGGUGGGGAGGUGGGGUGAGGAUAGGCCGUCUACAGAGAUGACACCAGUUGAGCCUUUUUUGCAGAGACCUAGCAGUAUCAGAAUCAGAAAUAACCCAACCCCUUUAGGAUUUCCCAACUGUCUCCAGAGACAGUUGCUCUAGGACAGAGCCCCUCCGGUGGCGUCCUGGAGAGCAGUCUGCAAGCCCUGGCUUGAGCCCGUUCCAGGUCUGAGAAAUUUUUACACCACGGCCUCACACCGGUGGUUCUGGUUUUUCAAGCGUGCAUAGAUCAGAGGGAACCUCGGAUCCAUCCCUCCCACACUAUCUUCAACACACGCUUCUGGUUUUAUUAAGCUAAGACUGAACAAAGUUCCUGAGUAGUCUCUGACAAGCUCAGAAAUCCUGCAAAGUUAUUUAACUGCUAAGUAAAAGCCAUCCCGGGGCACUCGGCGCGCGCAGGGGUCACGGGUAGGCCCAGUGGUGCCAGCGCCCGCAGCGCGGAGGAAGUCUGGCUGCACCGGCAGGGUCGGUGUCGCCUGCAGCCUGCAGGGAUCUGAGGAGUAGAUUGCCGGUGUCGCUCAGGAUUGAAAAGCCUGGUGGAAAUCCUGUGGUGGGAGCAUGCCGGGGCUAUGGAGGCACAGGCUGCCUUCCGCAUGGGCUUUGCUCCUCCUGCCGUUCCUGCCGCUGCUGAUGCCCGCAGCCCCCGCAGCCCACCGCGGGCCCUACAAGCCCGUGAUCGUGGUGCACGGGCUCUUUGACAGUUCCUACAGCUUCCGCCACCUGCUGGACUACAUCAAUGAGACACACCCGGGGACUGUGGUGACAGUGCUUGAUCUCUUCGAUGGCAGAGAGAGCUUGCGGCCCCUGUGGGAACAGGUGCAGGGGUUCCGAGAGGCUGUGGUCCCCAUCAUGGGAAAGGCCCCUGAAGGGGUGCACCUCAUCUGCUACUCCCAGGGAGGCCUGGUAUGCCGAGCCUUGCUGUCCGUCAUGGAUGAGCACAAUGUGGACUCUUUCAUCUCCCUCUCCUCUCCACAGAUGGGGCAGUACGGAGACACCGACUACUUGAAGUGGCUCUUCCCUACAUCCAUGAGGUCUAACCUCUACCGGAUCUGCUACAGUCCUUGGGGCCAGGAAUUUUCCAUUUGCAACUACUGGCAUGAUCCUCACCACGAUGACUUGUACCUCAAUGCCAGCAGCUUUCUGGCCCUCAUCAAUGGGGAAAGAGACCAUCCCAAUGCCACUGCAUGGCGGAAGAAUUUCCUUCGUGUGGGCCGUCUGGUGCUGAUUGGGGGUCCUGAUGACGGAGUUAUCACUCCCUGGCAAUCUAGCUUCUUUGGUUUCUAUGAUGCCAAUGAGACAGUGUUGGAGAUGGAGGAGCAGCCGGUAUAUCUUCGAGAUUCUUUUGGGUUGAAGACUCUCCUGGCCCGGGGGGCCAUCGUGAGAUGUCCCAUGGCUGGAAUCUCUCACACCACCUGGCACUCCAACCGCACGCUCUACGAUACUUGUAUUGAGCCGUGGCUCUCCUGAAGAUGUCCUCAGGGGUCUCCAGGAAUUCCCCAGCCCAGAGAUCAAGGGGUGGCCUUGGGAAGCAGAUGCCAGGCUCUGGCAUGCCUGUGACCUCCUUGUUGCUCCCACACUGCCCCACCCCCACCAGGGUUCCCUGAACACUCCUCCCCUCUGCUCCUCUGUGAAUGACAGGUCCUGGUCCCCUACCUCAUGUCCUCACUUGGGGACGUCUCCACGCUCUCUCCCUUUCUGCCAUGGCUGAGGUUGGGAAGCAAGUGCCAGGUUUUUAACUGUGGCUUCACUGCUGCUGCUGCUGCUGUUGCUUCUCCGGGUCUGGCUGUACCGGAGGAGAACCCAGGCCCUGCCCACCUCAGGGGUCUUCUUCCAGGCCACUCAGGACAUUUUUAGCUUCUGUUGUCCCUGUGUCUCCUCUUUUCUCAACGUCCCUGUGGCCAGCCUCCCCACCAAGAGGGGCACCCGUAAGAGGGGGUUCUGAGGCUCCCCUAUGGGGACAGUUCCACUUUUGAAGUGUCAGUGUUGGGGAAUAUCUGUGGCCUGCAAGGCCCAUCUCAGGUUUGGGGAUCCCCCAGUCCCUAUGAUCAGUGUUGGGGUAUCCCCUGGGAGCCUAGGUUCUUUGAGGCCCCAGCCCCUCUUUUAACUACCCUUGAGCGGGUGGUCCCUGUAUUUAUAGAAAUAAAAGUUCCAUUUCCUCA